UGGCGGCCCCGGUGGCCGGUGUCGGUACUGAAGCUCCAGCAGGACUCGCUGCGUCGAGUCGGAGUCAGUCCGCCGAAGCUCUGCCGACUGGAGGGAUGUGACCCCGGAACAGGACGCCCUCCUACAACAACACACCAUUCAAACAGAGCAGAGAAUAAAGAAAAGCUGGACCAGGAGGGAGCUACAGGAGCAGGGGGGGAUGAACCGCGAGGAGGCCCCGGGGAAGUCUCCUGAAGACAUGUACGUCCAACAGAAAGUGCGGGUCCUGCUCAUGCUAAAGAAAAUGGGAUCAAAUCUGACGCCCAGUGAAGAGGCUUUUCUCCGGAAUUACGCAGGUGUGGUCCACAGUCAGAUGAGCCAGCUACCACAGCACAACAUAGACCAGGGUGCAGAGGACGUGGUCAUGGCGUUCUCGCGGCAGGAGGCGGAGGAUCGGCGACAGUGACACUGGGCCCCUCAAUCUCCCUCCACUGCACCCCCUCAAUCUCCCUCCACUGCACCCCCUCAAUCUCCCUCCACUGCGCCCCCUCAAUCUCCCCCGCCCCCCCCCCCCCCCGCCCCGCACGUGAUCCACACAGCAACCCAAACACGACACUGAUGAGCUCAGGAGAGGAGGGGGCCCAGGAGGGAGAGGAGGGGAUGAGACUCCAGAAGCUGCCUCGCUCUCUCCUCCAGCCUCUUCAAACCCCCCCCCCACACACCCCACACCCCACACUCGAGCUGGCCCACCAUGACCCGAGAGUCACUAUGUGCUCAAGCCUCGGCAACAAGGCAGUCAGUGAAAUCACUCGCAGGUCGUGUGGAUGAAUAUCAAAUGUAGUUUUUUUUUUUUUUUCUGUGGGUGGGUUGGUUUUGUAUUAUUUUGUCUGUGUUGAGACAUUAGGCAGUGUUACGUGAUAUAUCUGCUGCGGUCACUGGAGCAAUGUGACCGGCAGCAGCUGAUUGAAGCAAAGAGAAAUAUAGUUUGGGUCAAGCAGUGAGUGUGAUGGUCGAUCGUGUUAGGGGAGACAUUUUUAUUAUUUCUGCUUACCCUAAUGGGGCUGAAAUGUUUUGAUUUAGCUGAUGUGUCAUUAAGGCUUUUGUAUUGUCACACAAGGGGCCUCAUUUAUAACAUUUGAGGUGUAUAGAAAAAGGUGUGAAAUAUGGCAACGCCAUCUCCCACGCAGCUGUUCUAGAUACUCUGGAACAUUUCUGAAACUUCAAUGCUGAAGACAAAGUAGCCAAAUAAAGUUUAAUGUAUUAAUAACUCUU